AUGGCUUCCUCCUUACCCUUGCAGGCCUCAUUUAGGACGAGUUUGCCAACCAUAAUCUCCCGAAGUCGACCUGUAUGUCGGUUCGGGCAACGGCAAAGACUGGCUAAGUUCGCAGUAGGCAGCAGACGAACAAUCAGCAGCUAUGGCUACACCCAAGCGAAGGCACUCGUAUAUUCCAAGUAUGGAGAGCCACAAGAUGUCUUGUCCUUGCACGGCCACUCGAUAUCUCCAGCGACCGGAAGCAGCGUGGUUCUUCGCAUGCUUGUCGCGCCGAUCAAUCCCGCAGACGUGAACCAGAUCCAAGGCGUCUAUCCUGCGAAGCCUGAGAUGACCAUCGCACUCGGAACUUCGGAGCCUUCUGCAGUUGCCGGCAACGAAGGGGUUGCGGAGGUGGUCAGUACGGGAUCCGGAGUCAAGAACUUGCAACGGGGCGAUUGGGUCAUCAUGAAGAGUACAGGAAUGGGAACUUGGCGGACACACAUGGCAGUCGACGAGAGCCAAUUGAUAAAGAUUGACAACAAAGACGGAUUGACUCCGUUGCAGGUUGGCACAGUGUCGGUCAAUCCUUGCACUGCCUACCGCAUGCUUCUCGAUUACGCCAAGUGGGGGUUCCGGGGCGAUGAAUGGUUCAUUCAAAAUGGUGCCAACAGCGGUGUUGGCCGGGCAGCCAUACAAUUGGGACGAGAAUGGGGUCUGAAAAGCAUCAACGUUAUCCGAGGUCGAGAGAACAAGGAAGAGGAACAGAAGCUCCGUCAAAGCCUGCUUGACAUUGGUGCUACCAAAGUCAUUACUGAGGAAGAGCUACUGGGGCGAGAGAUCAAAGAUCAAAUCAAAGAGUGGACAAAAGGAGGCCGAGAACAAAUCAGAGUCGGACUCAAUUGUGUAGGAGGAAAGAAUGCCACGGCACUCGCCAAAUUCCUCAGUCCAGGCGGGACGAUGGUGACCUAUGGCGCCAUGAGCAAGCAGCCCAUCGCGCUUCCGGCGUCGUUGCUUAUCUUCAAGGACAUCACCUUCAACGGCUUCUGGGUGAGCAAGUGGAGCGACCAGCAUCCUGACCUUAAGAAGCAAACGGUUGACGAUGUGCUUCGUCUCACCAGGGAGGGCAAGUUCAAGGAUAUCCCGGUGCAAGAAUGUCGGUGGGGUUGGAAGACCGAAGUUGACACGCUCAAGAGCGCCGUUCAGGGCACGCUGGGCGGCUUCAGACCAGGCAAGGGAGUCUUUGUUUUUGAAGAGACAUAG